AUGGAAAUUCAAAGCGGCGGUGAAAAAAUUAGAAAUGCUAGCGGCCAGCAAGGUGAAAAUGAGCGGCGGUGAAAAAUAAAGGCGAACAUGAACACAGGAAACAAAAAAAAGGGUAAACACAUACGACAAUUCCUCCAUAAAAAUAAUGUGUAACUAGGAAGUUUGACGUUUAAGUCGUAGAAAACAGCGUUGUAGUGGUGCAAAACAACGGAAAGGGGAAGACAAAAAAGCGUGCUGCACGUGCAAAUUUGCUUUUUGCUAAUUAGAAGAAAGAGUGUGCUGCACGUGCAAAUUGUUUUUUUGCUAAUUAGAUCUAUUAGUCUUGAAGCCAUUUCGUUUAACAUUACACGAUUUAAUUUUUUUUGUUUAUGAGUAUUAUUAAGGUGGCUUGAUAGAGUUUUUCAGGCUCAAUACCUCCCAAGUUUGAGCGUAAACUACGUCGCCAUAAACAAAGAUUUAGAGAAAUUAACACCACAGUUGUAUUAGAUAAAGAUGAAAAUUUGUUAUGAUCAGGGUUGCAAUGACAUCGGAGUUGUCAUAGCAACCAAAUGACGCCAUUACCUAUUUUACUUGCAGCAGUAUUUCUCGGCACUGGGAACUGUUCAUCCAAAAUCGUUUACUAGAGCUUUUUCCUACAAUAGCGGCCUCGAUAUUCGUGAAGUUUAAGCGAAAUCUGUAAGAGCGUUAUCGAGAUAUUUUGGGAAGGAGUUUUUAUGGUUAGAAAUACGGUAAAAAAUGGACAAUCUUGAUGUUCGACUGUUACCUGUACUAAACGAAGCGCCUUUGACAUACAAUUUCAUCUCAUGGUAGUUUCAAUCUUUUUAAAAACGUGCGUGAAGGAUCAUGGAGAUACCUCCAGCCGAUUGCUAGAAAGAAGGAUUUGAUUAGUAUGUAUCGGGGCGCUCUUGUUAGCGGUAAUGUAAACAUUUCGGUCUACUUUAACAAAGUAGCGAAUAAUUUUUAAACCGCUCGAUAAAUUUUUUUUAAAAUUUAAGAGUCUUAAGAUAAACCGUCCUGUUACAUGACUUUUUAGUUUCAAGAUUAUUGAUAUAUUGUAAGGUAGUAAAAUAAGUGCUUCAAUUCGCUAAUAUUUUGUCAGAAAUUUUGUGUUUACAAGUGAGAGCCUCUUAUUAUUCAGGGUAUUGUCUUAAAGUUUCAUUUUCACGUGAACAGCAGUAACUAACAAUGCAUUUGACAUAUGCAAAAAUGCUAGCUAUUGUUGUACACGAAAAUAUGAAACUUGGAGACAAUACCCGUGAAUAAUGAGAGGCUCUCACUUGUAAGACAAAAUUUCUGACAAAAUAUUAGCGAAUUGAAGCCCCUAUUUUACUGCCUUACAAUAUAUGAAUAAUCUUGAAACUAAAACGUCAUGUAACAGGACGGUUUAUCUUAAGACUCUUAAAUUUUUGAAAAAAUUUAUCGUGCGGUUUAAAAAUUAUUCGCUAAUUUGUUAAAGUAGACCGAAAUGUUUACAUUACCGCUAACAAGAGCGCCUUAAUAAACACUAAUCAAAUCCUUUUUUCUAGCAAUCGACUGGAGGUAUCUCCAUGAUCCUUCACGCACGUUUUUAAAAAGAUUGAAACUACUAUGAGGUGAAAUUGCAUGUCAAAAGCGCUUCGUUUAGUACAGAUAACAGUCGAACAUCAAGAUUGUCCAUUUUUUACAGUAUUUCUAUCCAUGAAAACUUCUUCCCAAAAUAUCUCGAUAACGCUCUUACAGAUUUCGCUUAAACUUCACGAAUACCGAGGCCGCUAUUGUAGGAAAAAGCUCCAGUAAACGAUUUUGGAAGAACAGUUCCCAGUGCCGAGAAAUACUGCUGCAAGUGAAAUAGGUAAUGGCGUCAUUUGGUUGCUAUGACAACUCCGAUGUCAUUUCAACCCUGAUCAUAACAAAUUUUCAUCUUUAUCUAAUACAACUGUGGUGUUAAUUUCUCAAAAUCUUUGUUUAUGGCGACGUACUUUACGCUCAAACUUGGGAGGUAUUGACCUUGAAAAACUGUAUCGAGCCACCUAAACCAGAGCUUCGCUUUUAGCCCUGGCUAAAUCUAAAUAUUAUAGGAAGUUUUAUUCUAAAGAGUCAAUCGUUUUUUCAAGAUCAAUAAAUAUCAGCAGACCAGGCAUAUUUUCCUUAUCUGUUCAAUCCAUGAUAUCGAAAAUCGACCUAAACGCCUUUGGGAACUAGACAUUUCUUCUUUAUCAAAGGAUUCAUUGACACAAUCUAUGAAAGGUUCACUAAUUAGAUCCCAGCAGCUUUUGUAAAACUCAAUGGGGAGACCAUCAUUCCCUGGUGAUUCAUUGUUUUGGAACGUUUCUAUAAUUGCCCUGCAAUCCUCGGUAGUAAUCCGUCCUUCACACGAUUGCCUUUGUUCUUCCGAUAGUUUAGGAAUUAUAUUUAAACUAUUUAGAAAUGCCUCUAUGGAAUCCGAAUCCUUUACAGAAUCAUUUGUUUUGUAAAGGUUUAGAUAAAAUCGUUUUUGUUCAGAGAGUAAUUGUUGUAACUG